AUGGAAGUUAGUUCACAAGAAAGUUUAAAUGAUCAAGAUAAUAUAGAAUGGGUGUCUGGUAGUAGUGCUUUGAUACCUUCUACACCUCGUUCAAGUAACGUUAACGUUAAUAACCAUAACUACAACCACGAUUACAAAAUACAAUUGAAAGUAAUUGUCUUUAACAAAAGAACAAGUAUUCGUAUGUUUUCUUCCGGAGUUGGAGAUAUGGCGUUUUUAGUACGUGGAAAAACACGAGAGGUUUCGAUUUGUUUACAUAAUAUGAAAGAUGAAAUUGUUAUAAAUGUUAAAGAAAUCGAAGAAUUCCGAAUUGCCAAGGGAUCCAUUGUUUUAAAAUUGAAUCCAAAUUUUGAUCGAACGUACUUCUAUCACCCUAACGGAUACCCAUACAAAGACAAUCCAGUGAGGUUAUAUAAAGAUCCUACAAACGAUCAUUUGUCUGAUUUAAACUGUUUAAAUCUUAAGCCUGAAAUUUUUACAAAAUAUGGAGAAAUGUACGAAAUAGAAAAGUUUGUAAAAAAAUUAAUGAUUGAGACAGGUCAAUUAAAUAAGCCCACAUUUAAUAACUGGUCGGCUAGAAGUAUUAGAAAUGAUGAUAAUUAUUAUUCAAAGGAAGUUCAUUCAUUAAACUCAAAAGGGACACUUCAACAUAAUUCGACUUUGAAAUCAUCAGAAGUCGCGGCAAUUCAACGGAAAGAAAUAUACAUUACAUGUAUCAUUCCCACCCAAAAACGCGCGGUUAUUUAUCCUGGUGAUGGAUUAUUAUGUCACUUUCAAUUUUACCUUAAGCAAAGGUUUGGAUGGAAGUGGGAAAGAAUGUGGUAUAAUAAUAAAGGAAUGUGGACCUUAUUGGAUGAUGAGGAAGAAUGGAAACGGGUUAAACGACGUGCUCAAUAUAAUAAAUUGCCAAGGUUGGAGGUGUUUAUGAGAUAA